CUUUUUCAUUGUUUACCAAAACUAGACAUAUUUCUUCCUCCUUACGUUUCCUGCGCAUUUGUUGUUUUUCCCACAAACAAUGUUUUGAUUGCAUUCCGGUUUAGUUUAUAAGAAAAGCCAAGAAAGAUGAGCAGCCAGUGCACCUACGGUCCCCCCGAGGAGUCGGAUUCGGACAGCAGCUAUGAUGGGUUCUACUUCUCUGAUCCGAUAAAUAGAACGCGGCCCGCUCCCUAUGUGGAUCCCGAGCAGAAGCUCUAUGAGGCGGCCAUCGAGGGCGACGGCCAGACAUUGCUCCAGGAGAUGCGUAGGCUGAACUGGAAUGUGGACCACACUGUGAGGGGCGGGCCCACCUUGCUGAUGAUCUCCUGCCGCGAGGGACACUACAACAUUGUCGAGCCGUUGGUGGAGAAGCGCAAAGCGAACGUCAAUCGUCAGGUGGACUCCGUAACGCCGCUGAUGAUGGCCUGCGACUGCAAUCGAAAGGAUCCCUACCUGGUCGAGAAGCUGGUGCGCCUGCUGCUCCGCCAUGGAGCCGUGAUCAAUGUGUCCGACAAAUACGGAAUGACGCCCUUUAUGUUCGCCUGCCAGAACGGCUACGCGGGCGUUGUACGCCUUAUGAUCAAGGACGUCAGCUUCGAUGCUGUGGACAACCAAGGCUGCACGCCCAUCUUUCAUGCCAUCGAACGGAAUCACGUGGAGGUGGUCAAGCUGCUGGUGGACGCGGGCGUGAAUGCCACUAUAGCGAACAACAAGGGAUAUACGCCCACGCAGGUGGCAGAGUGCCAUGGAUAUUAUGAUUUGCUGGAGAUCCUGCCGCGACCACCCUCUGUCUAUAUGGUGCCAUCUAACUUCCUAGGCUACAACACGCUGAGGGAUCACAUUCCGCGCAUUUUCCUUAAGAGCGACUGUCCGGAGUACUUCCAGGAGCUAAACUGCAUUCUGCGAUCGAUCGAGGUGAGCAACACUCUGAAGUAUUUUGCCAUUGCGAAGACUUCGCUGGCCGAAUUUCUCGUCAUGGAUGAUCAGCUGCUCCGCGAGGUGGGCAUUGAGUUUCCCAUUUAUCGCAACAAGAUCAUGAAGGGGAUACUUGACUUCCACCUCCACCAUUGGUCGCAAAAGUCCAUACCACGUGUUAAGACGGAUGGCCUAGACAACUUCUAUGAGAUCCUCAUGAUAGCUGCCAAUCAUCUGCAGCAGUUGGUCAUCAUCCAGGCGUCUCUGAAGUUCGUUUUGAAGAACCAAAACGCUGGAAAACUGGGACAGCCCUCGGAUACCCAGCUGGCCACGCUUAAGAGCAAUCUCCAGGGCUAUCGUAAUGUCCUUAGCGAAAUGAGCAAGACAGUGAAAUAUCUUGGUUCGUUUAGUCCCGCUCAGAACCCUCUGUUUAUCGACUACAACGAAAUCCUGGCCGAGAGGAAGCGCAAGAAGGUGCGCAACUACUUCAAGUACACUACCAUUAUCCUGGGGAUCUCAGUUUUCAUUUGCCUCAAGUGCAAGUGCUUCUCCUAGUAUUCGAAUACCCUGGCACAGCAUUCCUCUUAUCCAUUUGCUUUACAAUUAACGCAGUUUUCCUUAACGCGAGCUUGGAAUCUGUAAGCUUCCAUUGUGUUUUCUUGCGAAUCAAAAUAGUUGGUAGUUUGUUAGAGCGUUAAAAAAAACGUAUUAAAUUAAACUGAAAUCUCAAAGAAACGAAAUUUAUCAAAUUGUUACCUGAAGCUUAACUAAGUUUAUUUGGAUUAAUAAGAAACUUAAAAGUUAAAUAUGUAAAUGAAUUAACAGGUUAUUAAGUUAAUAAGUUAAACAAUGUAUUACAAAUGUUAUAUACUAACAUAUAUCAUAUAUAUCAAUGUAAGCAAUACACCGAUUGAGACAAUAGACAUUAAUUAUCAAAGCAACACGAAAGAAAUGUUACCUGAAGCACAAGAAACUACCUGAAAGUUUAAUAGGUGUUUAAAAACGGAAAAUCAAUUUCAAUAAUAUAGCUAAAUGUGUGUUUUGUAGUUAUAAUCCUUACAAAUGUAACACCAACUAGUAUAAAAUCAGAUUAAUAA